GCAGGGCACCACCCUAUGCAGAUUACAGAAUACAGUUGAAAGAAAAAGAACAAGAGAAAAAAGGGAAAGGGGGAAGAAACAGAAAAGCAGCGGUUAGUUUAAGACGGAACGGAAGAAGAAGAAGAAGGAAGAAUGAGUUGGCCCCGAGGGGGAGGGGGAGGGGGUUAUAAACCCUAAAUUGUCGUCGUCGUCGUCGAUUUCUUAUUCGAUUGUGUUAUUGGUGAAAGACAGAAAGAAAGAAAGAAAGAAGAGCGGAGAGCACUGGAGACGGCGGGUUAGGGAGUAUAUGAUGCUUUGCGAAGCAUUGCGUGAUCGAAUACAGGCAUGGCUUCGUGACUACGACAGGCUUCAAUAUUUGGCGAUCAUCCUCCUCUACAUUCAGAUUGCGUGCGCAUUGGUAGGAUCGCUGGGAGCAUUGUACAACGGAGUGUUGCUGAUCAAUCUGGCGAUUGCAUUGUUCGCUCUGGUCGCAAUCGAAAGUAGCAGUCAGAGCCUCGGCCGCACAUACGCCGUCCUUCUCGUCUGCGCCAUCUUCCUCGAUAUCUUCUGGUUCAUUCUCUUUUGUCACGAAAUAUGGAUUCUUACUACCGGCGAUUACACAGCUCUCUAUAUCUUUUCAGUCAAACUCACUCUCGUUAUGCAAAUCAUCGGCUUUUUUAUCAGGUUUUCCUCCUCAUUCCUGUGGAUUCAGAUCUACAGGUUGGGCCUCUCCUACGUAGUAGACCCUGCACCGACUCCUAGAGAUGCAGAUUUUGAUUUACGAAAUAGUUUCUUGAGUCCAACUACUCCCACGCCUGCUGUACUUAGACAAACCUCCGAUUCUAGUGAUGCCUUAGGAGGCUCUAUCUAUGAUCCAGCUUAUUACUCAUCACUCUUCGAAGAGAGCCAGGGAAAAUGUUUCAGUGGCAAUGGAUCUACUUCUGCUGCUGAAGCUUGUAAGGUGAAACCAUCUGUAGUCAGAUCUUUUCAGUUCAUAGAUGAGGAGAAGACAGCAAGCCAGCAUUCAGUUUAAUUUUGAAUAGGGUUAUCUCUGUUUUCUUUUUGGAUCCACUCCCAUUAUUGUUUAGAGGAUCAUUCACUUAGUCACUGCGGCCAGUCUGUAUGGGGAGUGGGCUUGUACAGUCAAAACACAUUACUAAGCAUUUUUUGCCCAGAUGGAAGCUGCCGAUCAAAGUAAAGGAACCGUGUGGUUUGGUAUGUCAAAAGCUUGGAUCAAGAUUCAAUCCCAUGCUCCUUGUGAUGUGGAUGAUGUGUCUUGGAUAUACAAUUACAUUUGGCAUGUUGAAUUGUCUGAAUUGUUCAAUCGGGCAUGGUCCAUGUAAUGUGUAUCAACUUUCUGGAUUUGCAAUGAGGCAUAGAUUGUAUGCAGAUUGUGCGGCGGGGAAGUUGAGGUUAAGGAACCCAGGCAAUUGCCUCUUGUUCCCGUAGUAUAAAGAAUUGGUUGACCAUUCAGUUCAAUGGACCUUUGUUUUUGAUGGAUCAAACACUCCGUUACUAUAUCUUUAA